GACCGGAAGUGACUGAAUCAGGAAGAAAACAACAACAACAUCACGUGUGCGCAUCGCAGCAGAGUAGGGGAUUUCCAUUCAAGGGCUGAUGGGUUUCACUUUCAGUUCCAGACACUGACUCCGAUCAUCUGUGAAGGUUUGUAGAGAUGGAUGAGCAGCACAUUCAGGCUCGGCUGAUCGCUCUGCUCAGGCAGGACAACAUCCGCCUGUGGAUGGAGCCCUUCACGACUGACAGCGGCGCCGCGGACCUUCAGAAGAUACAGGAACUGGCUCUUAAAUACGCUCCAGUCACUGGCUUUACAGUGGAGGAUGUGAUGUCAUCACUGGAGACCAUCAGAUCAGACACCAGCAGGAAAGAUGAAGGAAAUAAACAGUUUAAAGAGACGUCAGUGGCCACGCUAGAGCUCCACCUGCCCAGAGAAGGAGAGAAAAAGAAAAGGAAAGUUCAUUUAAAAACCAAACUGGACAUCACCACCCAAGAGCUGAAGAAACAGAUAAGUGAGGAGUUUGGAUUCAAACACUUUAACCUGAUUUUGACUGGAAAGAAACUGGCUCUAGGGAUGAGGCUCGAUGAACAGAACGUGAAGAACAACAGUAAGAUCAUGGUGCUGAACGUGUCCUCGGAGGAGGUGAAGAGUGAAAUGCGGGAGGAAGAGGAGAAGAAACGCAGUCAGGAUGAAGGAGUGCAGAGGACACAGAAGGGUUUCCAGAUCCUGUCGGAGAGAGAUGGGAGUGAAGAUCCAGCCACAACCCCGUUUUUAGAGAUCGCAGAUCAGAAAGGAAAUCCACUCCAGAUCCCUAAUGACGAGAGGAAGGCUCUGAUCCUGGCGAUGGGUUUCCAUGAGAAAGGUCGAGCUCUGAUGAAGAAGAGAGACCACAGCGCUGCUCUGUGUCACCUGCUCCUCGCAGACGAACAGUUCAAUAAGUGCAACUCUGCGCUGCUGAACACGGUGGAUAAUUACGCCGUCCUGCAGCUGGAUAUCGUGUGGUGUUACCAGGCGCUGGAGCAGCUGGACUGUCUGAACGACGCCAAACAGAGACUGGCUCGAGCUGAGGAGUGUUUCCAGAGGUGCUACGGAGAGCAGAAGAGCCGACUGCGUCUCAUCAAGGGCCACACCGGAGGAGAAGACGUGCUGUUUCUGAGGCUGUACCUCCUUCAGAGUGUGCUGGCUUACCACGAAGGCAACAAGAACCAAGCCUCUCACAAGCUCAAAGAAGUUGAGGAUCUGUUCCGUCAGUUGUGUCUGGACCCUGACAAGAUCAUGCAGCUGAUGAGUUUGGGCUUCUCUGAGCAGGACGCUCGACUGGGUUUGAGAGCCUGUCGAGGAGACUUACCGAAGGCCGUGGAGCACAUCACACAGAGGAAGAAGGAGAAGAAGGAGAUGAAGGAGAGAGAGCGUGAGAAGAGGAGACGGCGUCUGCAGGACAUCAACACGCUGGUGGAGCUGGGCUACAGUAAGAGAGACGCGGCCAGAGCCCUGCAUCAGGCCAGAGGAGACGUGGACAAGGCCUACAACAUUCUGUUGGACAGCGCUGAACUUCAGACUUCAGACAGACAGGCUAAACUGGAUCAGCUGGUGUCGUAUGGCUUUCCGCUGGACGUGGCAGAUUCGAUGCUGAGGCUCAUGGGAGAUGAUCUGGAGCAGGCCACACAGAUGCUGCUGGAUCACCAGGGUGCCGUUCCUCCUGAACUCCUGUCGCCCUCUCCUCCAUCAUCCUCCUCAGAGGAGCCCAGCACCUCCUCCGACUCCACCGUCUCAAGUUCUAGUCCUCUGGACGAGGAGCUGGUGAACGAGGUUCUGGAGGACAUUCCCAGACAUGAAGAAGACUAUCUGGACGUCACGCUGGACGAGGAGCAGGAACUCAUGAUCCAGAUCAAAUCCCGUCUGGACAAACAGACCACAUCCUCCGGAUGAGAAGAACUUUCAUCGGAUCUAGAGUCACCAAAUCAUCAUCAGCUGUUCAUGUUCAACAGAUGUUUAAGAGUUCAAAACGUUUGAUGCAUUUUUGUUUUCAAAUAACAUUGAAUCUAAAAAGAACUUAGAAGAAACUUUGAUUUAUUCAAUAAUAUGUUAAUUUCAGUUAAAUAAUUUUAGCUUCUACAUGAUUGAUGACAUGUAUAAAAAGAAAGAUAGCUUUAUUUAAAGAUCUUGUUUGAUUAUUUGAUGGUGAUUCUAGACACUAAUGUCACGACCCAGUUGAAUGUAAGUGCUUUAUAUAGUUUUACUCCGUUCUGAUGCUUCUGUUCAUGUUCAUACGGUUCAUUAUUUGUUGAACAUGCAAUAAAGAUUCACUCAUUGUGAACAUUUACAGUG